ACUUGUUUAAAUUGAUCAUCCUGUGCAAUUAAACCUAAUGGCCAGGUGGGAUGGGGUCUGAUAACAGAGAGGAGAUUUUCUCAUAAAGAUUGCAUAUACUGGACGGAUGACUCGGCGUUUCACCUUAGCCGUUUUCCUCUCCCGUCAACCCGGCGGAGAAAGCGAAACCUUUACUAUCAGCUGACAACCUCCAAUCACGUGAUGGCCCCGACGUCAGCUUCGGGCAGAAGCUGGACAGCUGAAGGCGCAGACGCUUUGUGCCCGGAAACAAAAUGGCUGCUAUCAGGACCGGGACUUCUUGGAGGUGAGCUUGGUGGUCUGUCUUGCCCCGCCCCGUCGGGGUCGCCGCGAGGUCAGCAUGAGGCCCGUUAGCCGCCGCACUUUGAACUUCGUUUAUGCCGUGCUGCUGCUGGCCAUCGUUUUCCUCUCUUGGGGGUUCGUGAUCUACGCGUGCAUGGUGACGUCACGGUCCAUGCUGGAGAAGACACAUCCAAAUGUAAUAUUCAGUUUCUGGGGCUGAAGGAAUAUAACUGGCAUUCGACAUCAAUCUUAUCGGGCACCUUCUUUGGGACGUUAUUUAGUUUAAUAAAAUCUGUAAUGGGAACAUUUUGUUUUCAUUGUUGAGGGGGAGGGGGAGGGAAGAAGGACACACAAUCAUUUCUUCUCAGGAUCCACCCUCACCAGCUUCAAACUGGAGGGUGAUGACAAAACAUCUGAAACUCCAGUCUGUGAUUUCAGAAAGUUAAGCUGGUAUCAGGUAUUCAAGGAAAAUAUUGAGCAGCUGUUAUACCCAACAAGUAAAAAAGUUUUAAAUGUC